GCAUUUAAUAAUCCAACCUGCACGUGAAAAGGGCAACCUUCGUAAAUUCAGUCGGUCUUCAUCAAUCAUCUCAUCAUAGACUUUCAUUUUUCAACGCAAUCACAACCAUUCAUUUCAAUAAGGCCAGAUUGACGGUGGAUGAUCAGAACAACCAUCCUCCGCAUUUCACUCCAUCACCUACGGCUCUGAACUAUAAAACUGACAACUCACAAGCCUUCCACACUGCCUUCUAGGUAAACAUCCAAGACGGACUUCAGCUUAUACAAAAGGCAAAGCACCACAAAACAUAAUUGUUGAGAGAGAGAGAGAGAGAGAGAGAGAGAGAGUUUAGUAGAUUUAGAGAGAGAGAGAGAGAGAGAGAGAGAGAGAGAGAGAGAAAGACACCCUUUUGGUUUCUUUCUUUCUUUCUCAAUCCCUUCUUCUUCUUCUAGAUCUGUCACAUUGUUCAUUUCAGCUGAUUUUAAGCUCCAUAUUGCAAUGAGGGAAAACAGAGUACUCUGUUCUCUCAUAAUCUUGGUUCUUUUUGCUGUUAAUGAGGUUAAUGCUGAUAACCCAUAUAGGUUUUUCACAUGGAAAGUCACUUAUGGCAAUAUCUAUCCGCUUGGAGUUAAGCAACAGGGAAUCUUGAUUAAUGGGCAGUUCCCAGGACCUCAGAUUGAUGCUGUUACUAAUGAUAACUUGAUUAUCAAUGUGUACAACUAUCUCAAGGAGCCGUUUCUCAUUUCCUGGAAUGGGUUACAGCAGAGAAGGAACUCAUGGCAAGAUGGAGUUUAUGGGACUACUUGUGCUAUCCCUCCACUGAGGAACUUCACUUAUACUCUACAGGCAAAGGACCAAAUUGGCAGUUACUUCUACUUCCCAUCAACAGCAUUUCACAAAGCAGCUGGAGCCUUUGGAGGCAUCAGAAUUUGGAGCCGCCCCGGUAUUCCCGUUCCUUUUGCUCCUCCUGCAGGCGACUUCACAGUGCUAGCUGGUGACUGGUUCAAGACCAAUCAUUAUAUUUUGAGGCAAGUCCUGGAAAGCGGUAAAAAUCUUCCAUCUCCAGACGGGCUUUUAAUCAACGGUCGAGGGUGGAAUGGUUAUACAUUCAAUGUUGAUCCAGGGAAGACAUAUAGGUUCAGAAUUUCAAAUGUGGGUAUUUCAGCUUCCAUUAACUUCAGAAUUCAGGGCCAUGUGAUGAAACUGGUGGAGGUAGAAGGAUCUCACACUCUCCAGAACACAUAUUCCUCUCUUGACAUCCAUUUGGGGCAAUCCUACUCUGUCUUGGUCACUGCCAAUCAACCUCCUAAGGAUUACUAUGUCGUCGUUUCAUCUCGAUUCACCUCUCCGAUCCUCACGACGACAGCUGUACUUCACUACAGCAAUUCAUGGCAGAAAGUUUCUGGUCCAGUUCCAGGUGGCCCGACCACUGAGAUCGCUUGGUCUCUCCAGCAGGCUAGAUCAAUACGCUGGAAUUUGACUGCAAGUGGACCUAGACCCAAUCCGCAAGGCUCCUACCAUUACGGACUAAUCAAGACGAGCCGUACGAUAAUACUAGCGAACUCGGCUCCUGUUAUUAAUGGCAAGCAGAGGUUUGCUGUCAACAGUGUAUCAUUUGUUCAAGCAGACACUCCACUGAAACUGGCUGACUACUUCAAGAUCCCUGGAGUUUUCAACCUCAAUAGCAUUCCCACCACUCCCACUUGGGGAAAUGCCUACCUCCAGACCUCUGUCAUGGGUUCUAAUUUUCGAGAAUACAUCGAGAUCGUGUUUCAAAAUUGGGAAGACACCGUUCAGUCUUGGCAUAUCAAUGGCUACUCUUUCUUCGUUGUUGGGAUGGAUGGAGGCCAAUGGACUCCUGCUAGUAGAGCUCGAUACAAUCUCAGAGACACGGUCGCCCGUUGCACAACUCAGGUGUAUCCAAAGGCAUGGACAGCAAUCUAUAUGGCACUUGAUAAUGUAGGAAUGUGGAAUGUGAGAUCUGAGAGUUGGGCAAGGCAGUACUUGGGACAGCAGUUCUAUCUCAGGGUUUAUACCUCAUCAACCUCUUUUAGAGAUGAGUUGCCAAUCCCCCGAAACGCUCUUGUUUGCGGCAAGGCCAGUGGUCGUCACACUAGACCACUUUAAGUUUCAAAAUCUUACAAUUUUUGUCACGAGUGGGUGACAUGAUUCUAAAUGGCAAAUGAUUUAGCGGAUAUUAGAUUAGUAUUUCUUUUGAAUAUAACUUGUUCAAAAAGCUCAACUUGAGCUCGAGUCAAA